GAUGCAAAUACUGUACACAUGACGGGUAACCACCAUUUGACUAUUACUGUGUGACUGACUGUAAAAGACUAUCGAGUCCUCCAAGAAACUACAUUGACCAAUCAAGCAAGUGGUGUAGAUAUGACGUCAGUCCGCAAGUCCCCGCCUCCGCGCAGAACGGAUGCCUUACUGUCAGUACUCGGUACCAUGAACAAGGGAAGCUGUGCACGCUGUCAUUCAUAGAGGGAAUACCGGCUUCGUAAAUGGCGAAGACCUACGAUUACCUGUUCAAACUCUUGCUCAUAGGAGACAGCGGAGUGGGGAAGACAUGUCUCCUCUUCAGAUUUAGCGAGGACGCCUUCAACACCACGUUUAUCUCCACAAUCGGAAUUGAUUUCAAAAUCAGAACUAUUGAGUUAAAUGGGAAGAGAAUCAAACUCCAAAUAUGGGACACAGCAGGACAGGAAAGAUUUAGGACAAUCACCACUGCGUACUACAGAGGUGCUAUGGGCAUUAUGUUGGUAUAUGACAUCACCAGUGAGAAAUCAUUUGAAAACAUAAAGAACUGGAUUCGUAAUAUCGAGGAGCACGCAUCAUCUGACGUGGAGAGGAUGAUUCUCGGGAACAAAUGUGACAUGGACGACAGAAGACAAGUGUCUAAAGAGAGAGGAGAGAAAUUGGCAAUUGACUAUGGGAUCAAGUUUUUAGAAACAAGUGCAAAAUCCAGUGUAAAUGUCGAGGAGUCUUUUUUCACCCUUGGCGGGGACAUUAUGGCCCGACUCAACAGAAAAAUGAAUGACAGUGGUAAUGCGGAUGGUGGAGGGCUGUUAAAGAUCUCAGAAAAACGCUCCAAAAAGCGCAGCAUCUUCAAGUGUUCACUGCUGUAACUCUCUUGCGCCGAAUGGAAUGGAAAUGUUCACUCAAUGUGACUGAGUGGCAGGCACAAAUGCUCUGCUGGUAUAAUAUAUCACACGAGCCACUGCAACAGCCACAAUAUCAGGCUCAAAGGCUGACUGAGUUAAGACGGACCAGAAAGGAAGUGCUGCAUUUUGAAAGAUUAGGUUGCUUCACUCUGUUGUUAGAGUCAUAAAAGAAACUUUUUCUUUGUUGUGUGGUGAUAAUUGUAAAAAUGAUUGUGUCAAAAGAUAACAGAUGUGAAAAAAUGAUUGAGUUUGUCUUAAUAUGUUUUUAAAUGAUUGUAUACUGAUUUUGCAUAUGCUGUCGUAAAACUGCUGCUUACAUAUUUAUGUGUAUUUCUAAAUUAGUGGAAGUUAGUCUUGCCUGAAUUAGUGGGUCAGCAAUUUGUCUGUAUGAUCUUUUUUAGUUAUGUUUACACUGUGUUUAGCAAAACGGACUUUACAUGUGUUUUCAAUGAGCUCUCCUCACAGGCACAUGUCCAUAGCACAGACAGAGGUCAGUCCACCCACUGAAAGGUUUCAACGAUAGAACAUAAUGACCGCCGAGCAUGAUGGGUAAAGGAACAUCUACAGGCUAGGUAACACAUAAAAGAGGGUCAAACAUAAGAUCUGUGCUUAUACCACACAGACACUAGUAUAACAUUUUGAAAACAUUGAAUUUAUUUCAACAUACAAAGAAAACGUUUUUAGUGCACAGCUUUUUAAUAAAGUGUGACAGUGAUUUGUGCAAAUUAUGUAAAUGUCUUUAAUCGAUUGAGACUUGUUACAUUCUUAAAUGUGUUAUGAUGCAGUUGAGAUCAUCAAAUAUUUAUUUAGCAGUUUUGCAGUUUGUGUAUUAUGACAAAUAGUAUAUUAAUUUAAAGAAAAUCAAGUGAGGAAUAAUAAAGAUUAGGUCAUUGUUUCAGUUAUCUAUUAUCAUAAUUUUUUCCUUUUCAAUGAAUAUGAAGGUCAUAAAUGCAUGCCUAUGAAAAGUAUUCAACAAACUACCUUAUUAGCUGAACUGUUUCUUGUUUGAUAUUUAUUUCUUUGGAUUUUAUGUUCAAUGUACAAGUGAUCUUUAUUUACUGUUUACAUAAAUUACAUCACUGGAUGCUCUUACAAGACAUGUGCAGUUGCCAAAAAGUAGUUACAAGACAUGUGCAGUUGCCAAAAAGUAGUGUUGCUUGCACAGUCAACAUUUGUGGCUGUUUCAGUCAAAUGACAAAAGGUGGCACUGUUGACACUGACUGGACUUUUUUGGUUUUGUUGGGUAUUUUGGUCUCCUGUUUAAAAUGCACUAAUGGUUACAUGAAAUGUAAAUAUGACAACAUUAAAAGGUUACAGCAAUAAAUGCCUUCAUUUGGAAACUCUUCCAACUACUUGUGCUGAUAUUAGGGACCUUUUAAUCCAUUAAUCUGAGUUAGACUGGUGAGUCACUGUCAUACCUUAAAAAAAUGUUCUUCUGAUGAUCGUCAUUUUACCUUGACAAAUGUAGCAUAUGAUUACUGAUAUUCAGAUGGGACUAUUGUUAUUCAUGCAUUUUUCCUUUGUAUCUGUGAUUGUAUGACCUCAUUUUUUAGAUAACAGUGUGAUACUGGACUCUGUAUAAAGGGACGCGCUAUCGAAGAAAAGCCAUUUAUUAAAAGCUUGUGUAAA